AUGGGUAUCCUUCUUCCAUCAAACCUAAAUGCACCGCUUUUGAGCUUCCUCUCGUUAUUCUUGCUACUACAACUUUGUGAUGCAACUGAGAUAGCAGAGACCCGACAACUGGAAGGACAACGGAACUACCGGGCGACAUAUCAAGCCCGUUAUCAGCACUUGCUGGACCGUGACCACUGCAGCGCCGGUCCCGACGGUGCCACUAUUGAAAUCUUUUGUCGCGGCGGGUUAUCUCCCAACAGUGUGUCCGAUGCUUCCAUUGCCUGCACACGCACCCAAGAUGCAGCGGGUUGGAAGGGACUGUCAUGUACUCAUCCUCCAUGCGACGGACAACAGGGCGCCUGCGACUCUUCUUUUGUGGGCAAUAAUGAAACUACCAAUUUUGGAGAAAUUGUGGUGACGUGCGUCGGUGAAACCGAAGCCGAUGUCGAUGUCUACAUGACCUAUCUGGGAGGACCACCCGGAACUUGCGCUGCCACUACCACCACAACCGAUCCUCCCCAAAAUACGCACGUUGCCCAAUUGGGAGUCCAAUGUCCUUCCGAAUCUGCUGCCGCCGUUUUUCAAUUCGACGAUCACCAUUUCGAAUGCGACGCCAAUUCGGUACCCUCCAAACUCGACGAUCGAUACACCUGUUCUGCCGCUGUUCAAAAUAGGAAUUGUGGAGAUGAUUCCGACGAGUGUACUGUCGAAUACGCCAAUGUCACAAUCCACGCCGAUCGAGAACAGUUUCACGAAUGCAUUACUCCCAUUUGGUUAUCCAAGCCGGUAGGGCCAGAACCAGGUCCUGUGAUUGCCAUGAGUCCACCGGGUCACUAUACGGCCACCUUUCAAGCCCAAUGGCAACUCUCCUUGGAUACCGACUAUUGCAGUGGACAAUUCGCACCCAAACAAAUUCAUUGUCUGCACGGAACCACAUUGGAAAAUGUGACACCUCUUCACAGUACUGUCGACUGUCAAAUGCUCAAUGCCAGUUCCAUGGAAUGUCGCGAUACGGAACCCGACAAUUUCGUCAAUAACUACAGCGGCGUCAUUUACGAGUGUCAAGGAGACACGUUGCCUUUGACACAAGCGGUCUAUGGAGCGGCCCUUUCCUAUUGCAACACCACGAACGACAUGGGAGAACCCGCCAAACAAGUGGCACAUUCCCUUCAAUUGGGCGUCCAGUGUCGAGACGAUUACAAUGACACGGUCCUUUCCCAUGCCGAUGCCUAUUUCGAAUGCGGUCCCGACAAUGAGUACGAAUUUUCGUCCGGCGGUGCUAUCUACACGUGUCAAUCCGUUAAUUCCUUUGCACCACAACCACAACAACCCGCGGACAAUACUCCACCCGUUCACAAGUCACUGCCACAAGUCGUCAUGGAGACGGAUGUGCGAUGGACCUUGGAACGGCCCACCAAUUGCUUUCAAUAUGUACCUGCAUUGCCGGAUGAUAUUGGUGCAAGUGGCAUUGGUGUGGUACAGGUGGAACAAGCCGUGCCUGGUUUGGGAAUUCCACUCGAUGGAAGCGCUGGGCUGGGUCCAUCGGUGGCGCCGGCGGCCAUGUCGGGUGGGACUCUUGGAAUUCCGAUUGGUGGUGGAUCCCCGACACCUGUGACUGCAGCUCCUUCGGCGACUAGUGGUGGGACGCUAGGGAUUCCGAUUGCAGGAUCGCCGACACCUGCGACCGCAGCUCCUUCUGCGACGGGUGGUGGAACUCUUGGUAUUCCGAUAGGUGGAGGAUCGCCGACGCCUGCGACUGCAGCUCCUUCUGCGACGGGUGGUGGGACGCUGGGGAUUCCCAUUGCAGGAUCGCCGACACCUGCGACCGCGGCCCCUUCAGCCAUGUCGGGCGGAUCACUCGGAAUUCCGAUUGCACCACCUCCCCAACCAUCAGCAGCUCCCGCAAAAGGUGGGACUCUUGGUAUCCCCGUUGAUACUCCUGGUGUCGGUGGAACGCCCAUUAUUGUUGAAGACUUGGAAACCAUCAUCCCUUCGACUCUGGAUCCUUCCAUGGAGGAGCUCUCCUUUGCACCUUUUACCAAUCCACCCGGAACCAUCUACAAAGCCUCAUAUGUUGGUAGAUUCCAGCAAGUUCUCAGUGAAGGAUGCGAGAAUGUAGCCCCAUCCAUGAUCUUGACAUGCACUGGAGCUAUUGUCAAUGUGACCACAUCCGAUCCAUCCAUUGACUGUACCCCAGAAAGUUCGGCGCUGCAUGAUGAUCGGAAUGCCGUUCUCUGCGUUAACGAGUGCGAUGGGGAGGCUUGCAAAAGCGUCUACUUGGCGUCCAAUACCGUGGGCGAGGAUCCCUUUGGUGAGAUCUACUUUGAAUGCCAAGGAGAAACCCUUGAAGAGGUGGAUGGGAGCUUCAUCGUGACAGAAAGCCAGUUUGGCGUUUGCGAUGGCAAAGAUCCCGAGGAGUUGGGAUACAAUUUGAAUAUCAUCCAGCUGGGUGUGGACUGUCCGACAGGCGCCAGUGGACGCUCCUAUGUGGUAGAUGAUUUGCACGCAGAGUGUGGCUUGUACAAUCAAGCGCUGAAUUUCAACGGUGCCUACUCUUGCAUUUCUGGCCUGGCAUGCGGGGCUAAUCAAUGCUUUGUUCCAUUCGAUAACCAACUGAUCAUUUUGGCAGACCCCCAUCGAUUUCAAAAAUGCGUCACAACCAACAAUGGAUUGACCGUUCCGGAGAUUGCCGCUCCUGAAUUGCCCGCCAGGCCUGCUGGAACCUACACAGCUCAAUUUAAAGCGGUCUGGUUCUUCGAUCUACCAGACAAUCCCUGCCGCGUCAUUGGAGACGACACCAUUGAAUGCAGGGAUCCAGGGCUUGCCGGUGAUGUGGCCUAUGAAUGCGAGUCUGAGUCUGAGAUACCAGAGACAAUGGUGGAAUACGUGUCCGGCACCACCAGUUGCGAUUCUGCUUCCACCAUUGUUGUGGAACGUGCGCUUCGACUUGGCGUCGACUGUGGCGGGGGGGUCAACGAGGCCUACGUUUAUGGUGACGUGUUUCUGGAAUGCGGUGCUGGAAACAGCUUUGAAGUGGGGGGGGGUUCGAACUUCACCUGCUUUGGAUCGGUUUCGGUCCCUGCAUCUGAUAGUUCUCGAUACGCUAUCCCCGAGGUGGAGAUUGCCACGGACUUUCGUUGGGGGCAGCUGGCACACAACAAUUGCUUUAGGUACCAACCAUCCACUCGAAAUCGGCAAUUGACGACCCUCGAAAACAGAGACGUUAGCAAGAAUGACCUUGAGAAACUCAUCCAAAGGCAUGCUUCUCGUCGUACCAAACGCGACGCCCAAAUUCCUGUGAAGGAUGUGCCCCAAGCACUCCGUGGGACCUUUGUCAACUCCGUCGAGGGCUAA